AUCUAUCAAUACAACCUUAAACUAUCCUACACUAACUGUAAACGGCAUCGUUGGUGCUGAUAUAAGGCUGAUGCAGCUCUUGGGCUUGCAACACAACACAACCCACUACUCCCGUACAAACAACCCAACUCAACUUGAUGAUUGUCCUUUUGCCUUCACUGAACAUUAUCACAUAUUCUGUUUGUUUCUGCCACUGGAUGCUCAGCUCUCGAGGGAAUAUUUGAAGCAGGUUUCACUUCGUAUCUUCUUCCCUCCGCUUCAGCGACUUUUUUUUUUUUUUUUUUCCUUUACAUUCAAUCUUUAUACUAGUUACCUGUGGAUCUGAUAAAAUUACCAAUCCCUUAAAAACCCUUAACCGGCCGGUGAGCUUCGGGAGCUAAAAAGGCAAAGCCAAGCGGGUGGGUGCAUCAUUAUUAUUGAUGUCUGGAUGUCUGCACCCCCCCCCCUCAAGGCCGCUUACCAUCAUUCCCAACCUAGAGAGCUAGAUGAAGACUCCCAACCGUUGAACUCAUCGCAUGCUUCUACCACGUAUCAAUUGGAAACUGAAGGUGUUACACAUUUGCUCGUCGAAUCGUGCGACUCCGUUCUUAAAGCCAGCACUGGCAACUCUCCAGCCAGGCAUUCCGAAGACCGUCCAAACGAAUCCAGUGUUGAGCAAGGACUGGCAUCGAAUGGGAGCAACGAGCCACGUGGCUUGGGUUCGAACUCCCCUUCAACUUUCUUAGAUGUUUCCUUUGUUGGUGUCGGUGAAGGCAUCCCAGACUGGAAUGCAUCUUACGCUUCGUAUCUGAACCUAGACCACAUUUACGCAAACCAGGAGGAGCUUGUCAAUGAGCAAAGGGAACUAGUGCGCAGCUUGGAGGGACCGUCACAAGCCACUCGAGCUCUGGAAGCCACCUCGUCUACUCCUCCGCAUCCAGCAGCGGUGGGACCUACUACAUUUCCCUUCCAGAAGCAACUCUCCACACCCCAUCGCCCUUCUAUCCCAGGCCCGGCACCAGCAGCUAGUCCAUCUCCAUCUCGUGCACCCAAGCGCAAAGCAGACUCACAGCACGCGUCUUCAAAUGGGAGAACAGUCCGGCCCAGGCUUGUAGCUGAUAAUUUGGAACAAACCGUGCACGAGUCCGCUCAUUCUUUUGCAUCGAACAGCGAACAGAGUCCCAUUAUUAAUCGGAUGCGCGCACCCUCUGGCUCACAGCCGCAUCCAGGAAGUAGGAUUGGGAGCAGAAUGGAUCAAAACAGGAGCAGACAAAGUAGUAGAGCGAAUUCUCCGAAUGCGGCAGCAGAACCCUCCACGUCCGCUCCUGGAGUUUCAAAGCGGCCAGAUUCUUCCGAAAGGGCCAAAACCUGCAACCUUCCUCCUGAAAAGGUGUUUCCCAUUCAGAUCGGCUCGGAGUUGUUUAGAUUGUCUGGCUCAUCGAUUUCCUCUGAUGCACCCUCAUACUUUUCACAUUUUUUCGAGGAACAGUUACGCCACAAUGAAGAUGGGGCAGCAGUGCGAACUCUAUACAUAGAUCGCGACCCCGCCAACUUUCGAGAUAUAUUAAGACAUCUUCAAGGUUACUAUGUGCGACCGCGAGAUGGAUCCCAUCUUGUUAAGUUAUUUGCGGAUGCCCAAUUUUACAGCCUGCCGCGCUUGAUCUCUCAGCUAGUCGAGUCUGAGAUAUUCAUACAAAUCGGCGACCGACAUUUCCAAAUUCCGCGCGAUAUAUUUUCUAGUCCUGGGGAUUCUCCGAACUUCUUCUCAGUCGCAUUUGCUAUAUUUUUCACCACUCCCAGCGAUUCGAUCGGGCGCCCAAACCUCCUACGUCCACCAGCCGUCACUCCACCCGUGGUUAUUAACCGAUCUGCUGAUGUGUUCUCUGAGCUCCUCCAUAUGCUUAAAGGAUAUCCGAUCCACAUACGAAACGAAGAACACAGAGCAGAACUAUUGCGAGACUGUCGUUAUUUCCAUCUUCGGGGGCUUGAGCAAAAGCUAAUUCCCCACGCAAUCAGCUACAACUUGUUGCGGCAGAAGUCAGAGAUCUUGAUUCGAUUGGAAGAUAUCCGGCAGUCGGGGGUUCAGUUUGUAAGCGACGUCUCACCGGCAGACAGGGCUGCUUCUGGAGGAUGGGUCCAUUACUCGCGCCCUUUCGUCGACGACGCGUCUCACGAACUAAUAGUGGAGAUUGGGGGCGAAAACACGUUUAUUGAUCUGAAUUCAAUGCGGGCAGAUUUUGUCGGGUUAGCAAAAGCGAGGGUAUCGAGUCUCUUCCAGGUCAUAGCCAAUAAAAUGAAUCUCCCUACGAUUGCCCCUCUAGGAUUAUUGAUGAAGUCUGGCGGAUUCAGCAAACAGCCACCUAGCCCAGGCCAUACACCCUUGAGUGAGGACCAAGUCAAAAUCCGAAUAGACUCGGAUGCGGACAUCGUCCUCGAUGGAGAACUAUAUGUUGCUGAUUGGAGUAGAAUCAGAAGUACUCUGUGUCCUACGCCAGGCGACACGGGUUUCCUUCCCAGAACCCCUGGUUCCAACACCUGCGGGAGGAACCAAAGCCUCAAUCCGGUCAAUGUUACAGAAAAGAAUCAACUAUCAUCGGACUCAAAUUCUGUUGACAUGUCGAACCAACCACCACCACCACCAGCAGCAGCAGCAAGCGAAAAUUCAUCACAGUCACUGUCUGUUACAGGGUCACUCUCCUCUUGCAACUCCCCGUCCGCCAUGCCGUUUAGCAAGCCGGAGGCACCACGAGCGCAAAAUAGCCAAGGGACGACCAAACGCAAGAGACUGGAUAGCAUAUAUGAUAAUGGAGAAUGGGUAGUGGAGAAGGGGCACUGGAGAAUCCGCGUGCAGGCUAAUGCACAGGAGAGUGCGAGUGGAAGAAUGGAGAUCAUGUUUGUUGCUGUCAAGCUCUAUGCGUUCAGUGGACAGCGGGCGCGCAAUGCAAGCCGGGGAUUUCUAAACUAAUAAUGUGGGCGUGCGAGCGGUGUGAAGAUGUCAUGAUUGCUUUACACUGCGUAUGUUUUGUUUGACUUUCAUGGAUAGGCUAACUAUAAAUACUCGGUCUUCUUGGCUACAUAUGUGUAAAUAUAUGGAUAUGAGAUAUGAGGCAGCGAUGAUGCAACAACAAUACCGGGCCGGGGGUUUUUGGACAUAUAUUAUAAAAGUGAUUACCC